UUCAGAAUUAUCGAGAAAAAGUUUUUAUUGACUGCAAAAUAUCAUAAACUAAUUUUAUUUAUCAUUCAUUACUAUAUCUUAAUUAAAUAUUUUGAAAAAUUAUUUUCAAUGAGUGAGAAUCGACAUAAUUGGUUAAAUAAUUAACCUUGUCCCGAGUAUAUCUAGAAUUCGUUAUACAUAUAAAUAUUCGAUUCUCAACAAUUUUAUCUCUAAAUAGCCCCUUCGAUAAAAAGAGAUUUUUCACAUCCCAGUUAUAUAAUCCGGGCGCAUAACGCUAUUGCUGUCGUACUUGAACAAGUAUAAUAUGAUGUUACUUCACCUCGCGCCGUCAGGAAAGGCUCUCCGCUGUCUUUAUGUAAGAUAUAGAUAUAUGUUAAAUCAAUGAUACCGGGCUUGCGCCACGUUAAACUCCCGUAACGUGGCGUAAGGGACGGCCAUCCCCCGCCAACGAAACGGUGCCGCCGGGUGCCGGGCAACCUCUCCUCCCUCCACCAUCUUCUGUCGCUUUUAUCCCCCCUUUCUUCUCCUGCGUACUCCGUAUCCACCACCUGCCACCUAUACUCUUCUCACGCAAUAUACCCCAUUCCUCUCUUCUUGCCUUUCCCAUCUUUCGAUAUCGCGACUCGCGAGACUCCAAGCUUUAUGAAACGAAUCGCAAUGGCCGAGAAAGUUUCAACAAAUUUUGAUGAUUCCAGUCUAGCAAUGUCAGCAUGUUGACAUGCUGACAUUAUCGGCGUUAUUGCUAUCGCUGCCAUGAGUGCUCCAUUAAAAGGAUUAUUCUUUGUAACUCUUUGUAACAUUGCUGCAAAAAUAGUAGAAAAAUUCUCCUCUGCCCGUUGAAAUAAAACAUACUCCCAAAAUACCACAAGCUGGCUCGUUGAUCGUAGAUCGUAGACAUAGUAAAGAGUGCGCGCGCCGAGCUACUAGGAGGUGAUGGAGGCAACGGCGGAGGUGCUGGUGGUGGUAGGUGGUAAGAGCGGAUGAUAAUGGGAGGUGGCGGUGGCAGCGAUGGCGAUGGAAGGUGGAGGUGGUGAUGGUGAGGGUGGUAAAGGAGGUGGUAGUGGCGGCGGAGAUAGUAGCACGACCAACGACGUGAUACGCCACGCCGCACAUUUCUGCGCGAUUUUUUUACAUCGCGCGAGCCAAAUUGAAGUGAACUCGUUCAUGAAGUGUUGUGACGAAAUCGUGCGUCGACUUUGAUGAUCGUCGGUUUUCGUUUCGCAAAUAAAUACGCGAAUAGAUUUCGUCCCCCUUAGAUCCUUACGCGCUAUUCACCUUUCCACUUGCGCGUGCUACUCUGCCCACUAAAGGUGGUCCUGCUCCAAUCUCCUUUCCCGCCGCGUUCGACCUUCCUCUUCAUUUCACCCUCUCACUCUCCUUCUCUCCCUUCCUCCUAUCCCUUUCCUUCUCCCCUAUCGUAUAUACCACCCAUGUUCCAUUCUUUCUAGUUCUCUGCGCGUUACGGCGUGAACUACUACUGAAUUCGCGCGCAACGCGACGUCGCGAAUUACCAGGUAGAUAGUGAGUGCGAAUAAAUCGCGUCAUCGACAACGGCAGCGGAGGCGCAAGGAGAAAAAAUGCCGCCUUCGCUAAGCGCAAUGAAAUCAUGUGGUCGCGCUCGGCUCCGGAGGAGGCAGUGACAUUUCGGAUGCACACGUUCCGGAACGAUAUACAUAGCCCGGAACGCUGCCGCCGCCGCCGCCUUCCUCCUUCCGCCUUCUUCCGUUGAAAUGAUCGAAUCGACGGACGGACCCGUCAUCGUGGCGCAUGUAGCGUGGAUCACUAUUGGCGAAAAUGGAAAAACAUCAGGGAUGAAGACGAAGCUUCAUCACUGUGUGUGAUCCGAUUUUGCGACUUGUACAUAUAUUAUUUGUACACACGUGCAAGCGAGUGACAGGUCGAGGGUUACGAGUUUGCGAUAUUAGUGAGUAGUAGGCUAGAUGUGCUUGAGAUUGAACCGGAGGAAGAACGAGAGGAAGAAAUCCGGACACGGUGGCGACCUAUGGACGAUGCGCGAAGAUCAUUAAAUCGACGGGCGUCGAGCCGGUACUACAUCGUUGGUUCCUGGUCCCUGGUUCGACGAUCGAUCGCCAAUCAUACGAAAUUAUCGCGAGGAAAAGAGGUUUAUGCAGGCUACGCGCUGAUAACAACGAGAAAGGGAGAGAUAGAAAGAAAUUCGAGAAAUAAUUGUUGCGAACUGUUGAAAUAAUGUUCCUGCGCAUUGACGACAGACUACUACGCUUUGGGAUAUUGUUUCUGUUAUGGAUAGGCUCGAGUUGCCAGCAGGAGGAGGACAUACCCCAUAAUGAAGUGAAAAACUGGGCCUUGAAGUUUGGCGUGGAUUUAUGGGAGUUUGGUAAACAAGUAACUAAAAUGGGCGAGAUACAGAGAAAAUAUCAUGAAGCGGAAGCAAACGUCAUGAAAAGGGAUGGUCUCGUCCUUGUUCGAGAAAUGGCCACGGAAGUGAAAAAUAUGAUCGACUUUAAAAUAAACGCUGUGAUGAGAUUGGUGGAGAGCGCCGAACAAGCCGCGGUAUCGGUGCCAAAAGAAGGGAAUGUAUCACCUAAGUAUUACGCUUCGCAUCGGCUUAACAGCUUUGUUACUGACGGAAAGAGUUCCGGCGGCGCACAGGAAAUGUUCCUCACUGUAAAUCGUCAUUUUGACCAUUUAGCAGUGAACGUUAGUUUGUCUGCCGUGCUUUUGCCAAGUGGGAUUAAAGACAGUGAACGUGAUGUUGCUUCGGGCAUUCAAUGGAGCGAAUAUUUAGAUCUCUUGUUUGUUAAUAAUUAUGAGACAGAUCCUACGCUAUCAUGGCAAUAUUACGGUGCGACGGCAGGAUUUUUACGUCGUUUUCCAGCGAUAUCGUGGCCGCCGAUUGAGGGUACAUCCGGAAAGUUCAAGUCCUCCUCACACCAUCGGGCUGUUCGUGACGUAUACAAUUUUAAGAUGUUGAAUUGGUUUAUUGGGGCGGCAAAUAGCCCAAGAGAUUUAGCAGUAUUGAUCGAUAGUACGACUUACGUAUCUGAUAAGAAUCGGCAAUUGACGAUAGCCACGACGAGAGUCAUCCUAGACACUUUGGGGCCGAAUGAUUACGUGAAUGUAUAUCGUUACGGUGAGAAUGCCGAAGAAAUCGUACAAUGUUUCAAGGACAGCUUGGUGCAGGCAUCACCAGAGAAUAUUCACGAAAUGAAGAUAGCGUUAUCUUUUGUGAAACAUGAGGACCCUGUGACCAAUAUCUCAGCCGCGCUAAGUACCGCCUUCGAGAUCUUGCACAAAUAUAAUCGAACUGGCCAGGGAAGUCAGUGCAAUCAGGCCAUUAUGUUGAUUACUUGCGACACUAGCGGCCCGCCCAUGGAAGUGAUAAAACGUUACAAUUCGCCGCACAUGCCUGUUCGCAUCUUUACUUAUCUUAUCGGCGGUGAUAAAAGUCCCGAGCUCCGAAACACAGCCUGCACCAAUAAGGGAUUUUAUGCAAGAAUAACAAAUAUGGAUGAAAUCCAUGAUAAAGUCUUCGAAUACGUGAAAGUACUAGCGCGGCCUAUGGUACUCUAUCAGCAUGAUCAUCCUCUUCAUUGGACUCCUGCUUAUAUAGGUGGAAAAAGUAAUAUGUAUGGCAGAGAAAAUCGCGGUCAACUAAUGACGUCUGUGACAGCUCCAAUUUUAGAUCGCCGAAAUUAUACGGUAAAAACAGCCAAUUUGUUGGGUAUUGUUGGUACUGAUGUACCUGUUGAGGAGAUUCAGAAGCUCGUGCCGCCUUACAAGUUAGGAGUUAAUGGAUACUCGUUUAUUGUUGACAAUAAUGGCAGAGUUCUGUAUCAUCCUGAUUUGCGGCCUCUCCCUGGAAAUACAGAAUAUGAGGAAACUCUAAAGCCUACGUAUAUAAGUGUGGAUUUGUCGGAAGUUGAACUCGCAGAAUAUGAUGGCCCUUCAACCCCUCUAAACAAUUCUCUCCUGCUCGAUUUGAGGCGUGAUUUGAUCGAUCAAAAAGAAGGAGAAACGGACUUUACAAUCAAAAUUCAUUAUGACAAUAUGAAGAGAGUUACGAUUAGACGGCACAACUAUUUUUACAAGCCGAUCGAAGGUACUCCAUUUUCUUUAGGCCUAGCUUUACCAGAAGGAUACGGCAUGUUCGAAGUGCGUGCCGAAAAAGAAAUCAAACUCGCUAUUAUAAAUGUAACGGAGCAUUUCAAAGGGAGCAAUUGGAAAGUGCAUCCUGAUUGGGUCUACUGCGAAUAUAAUUCGGCUUCCGAUAAGUUCUUUACUUCUCCCGAAGAACGCGUUUUGCAUUUUUUAGCACGAUCGCGUAGACCGGGUUGGAAGUGGAUGUCCUUGAGAACAAGGAGUCCCAGCUCGCAUCAUAAACAAGCGAGCAAGUCGGAAAAAGAUUCUCAUUAUUGUGAUAAGAAACUAAUGCAAUCUCUAGUUUUGGAUGCUAUAGUGACAGAUGGAUUUAAUAAAAGAGAAGCACAAAGAAUGCACAAAGAGGAAAAUGAAAAUCAAGGCAAGGGUAGAUUUGGCGUCACUAGAAGUUUCAUCGCAACCAGAAGUGGACUCCUGAGAUGGCAUGAACAUCAGCAAAACGAUGACAGCACUGAUGAAUCGCGAUUCGCGGAAAAGAAUGCGAGAGCUAUGGAUUCAUCGUGGUACAAACGUGCAGUAGAUCAACAUUCUAUAGAGCCAGAAAGUUUCGUUUUCAGCGUACCAUUUGAUGCAGCUGAAACGGCCGAUCCGCUUGUCACCGCCACUCAUGCUAUAUACAUCGGGAGAAGUCAUAAAGCUCCGGCGGCAGUAGUAGGCUUGCAAUUUCAACAUUCGUCUUUGGCAACUCAUUUUGUCAAUAUCACUUCUACGUGCACCGGUAUGACAGGAUGUAAAAAGAAUUGUGCGUCGGAAGAGCUCGACUGUUACAUUUUAGAUAAUAACGGAUUUAUUAUUAUAAGCGAACGUCACGAGCAUACUGGAAAGUUUUUCGGCGAAAUAGAUGGGACAAUAAUGGAUUCUUUAGUACAAGAUAGAAUAUACAGAAAAGUAACUGUUAUUGAUUAUCAAGGAACUUGUAACCCUCAAGAAUCUCAUCAAUCGUCAGCGCCUCGAACUUUAUCUAACUCUAUUAUAAAAACAGCGGCGGCAUUUGGCAAUUUUCUGUGGACUCUGGUUUUAAGCCUCAAUAUUCAAGAUUUCUGGCGAACAACAUUGGCAUUUGCUAACAAUGCAAUGCAUUCGUUGGAUGACGAUUUGAUAUUCACGGACAAUGGUGAAACGCACGAUUUCGAUUCACUUACGUCUGUCGAUUCGACAGAGGAAGCAACAUCAGACGAGAACAACAUAUUUAUGAGAUUUCCGAUAAUUGCGCCAGUCUCGCCACCAACUACUCGAGCCACUUCUGCGCAUUAUCCUCGAAAGUUGCGCUCUUGUGAAAAGAAAACAGAUUUGUACAUUCUGCAACCUGAACGGCUUAAUACCAGUGGGCAGAGUAAUCCUUUGAAAGGAAAGCUUACUAAUUGUCAUGUUACUGGAUGCGAAAGACCGUUCAGCGUUCAAAAGAUUCGUCACACUAAUUUGAUAUUGCUGGUAGUUGAUACGCUGUGUCCAUGCGGGAGUAAACAGUUGAGUAUUGAACCUAUUGAGGCAUUAACAGAACCUGGAGCAUGCACGGCAAGGAGAGAACGCUUAUAUCGACGAAGACCACCAAAAUGUAUAAACUAUCACCCUGAAGAGAUGGAGAUUAAAUUCUGUGGCGACGCCGACCGUCUUGUUAGUUUUUCGUCGUUAAGUCUUACAGUUCUCUUACCCAUCGUUACAGUGCGGCUGUUACUUGCGUGACUUUAUCGUCAUUAAACAAAUAUUACGCACAUAUGCGCGCAGAUACAUAUACACACACAUAUACACAUAUGUUUAUAAAUUACCUUUUUAAAAUGAAUUUAGCGUUAUUGUUUCUAUGAAACAAUUAUAAAGAAGGAGAGACGUAAAACAAGAGAAACUAAUGUAUUAGGUACGCGGAUUAUCACGAUAUGAAGAUGAUAAUACUUACACACACGCACGAACGCAUACAUGCACAU